UAUAUAUAUAGAGCUCGCAGCAUUUUCCAUGUUUCAUUGAAGAAAUAUAAAUAGUAGGGCUUCUGCAAAUAAUUUCUACAAUUCACAACGUUUUCAUAAAAAUCGGCGAGUCUCCAGACAAAUUGUCCCUGUGCUCCGAAGUUUGCUGGGUCGAAAAAGAGAAAUGCGAGGGUGCAAAACGAUGGAUUUGUUCUUACUAGUUCUCUUGGUUAGUUUUUUUGGCACCCUUGAUGCCCGCAACACUCGACGUGCAAAUCGACGUCCUGGGCGGCAGUUACCAGAGCCGACGACAACUGAACAACCUAUGGACCCUAUGGUGUUCAUGAACACGGCUCAACUAAUAGAUCACUGGGGUUACCAGCGUGAAACUCACUACUUAACCACCUCGGACGGAUACAUUUUAACAGUGAACCGAAUCGUUAAAGCAGAUUCAAAAUUGCCCCCCGUCAUAAUUCAACACGGGCUCUUCUACAAUUCAGAUUUGUUCGUCCUCCGAGGGCCAAAAAAAGAUCUGCCUUUCAUUCUGUCGGACAUGGGCUAUGACGUCUGGUUACCAGACUUGAGGGGAAACACCUACUCAAGAAACCACACAACACUAACUCCAGAGCAGCCUUUAUUUUGGAAUUUCAGCUUCCACGAGAUGGGCGUGAUCGACACGGCGGAGAUAAUCGACUUCAUCCUGGCGAAAACGGGGCAGCCUUCACUCAUCCACGUAGGCCACUCGAUGGGCACGACCGUUUUCUACAUUUUGGGCGCCGUCCGACCCGAGUACAACGAGAAAGUCCGAAUCCACAUCAGUCUUGCUCCUGUGUGCUACUUGAAACACAUGAAACUCAAUCCCUUGCUCAGGCCCUUCGCCCAGAACGCACAAACGAUUUUUAAACUGGCGCGGACUGCUGGCAUGUUUGAAUUGUUACCUCGAGUGCCUGAAUUCAGCAAAAUGCUCUACACGAGUAUCCAAAAACCAAACAUCCAAAAACUUUUCCUCCAGGCGUUUUUCGGGCUUCUGGGUUCGGACUAUGACCAUGUAAAUAAGACGCAUGUACCUACAUUCGUCAGUCACUGUCCAGCCAGCUCUUCGGUGAAAACACUGCAACAUUUUGCCCAGAUUUUACUGAGAGACGAAUUUGCCUGGUACAGCUAUGGACCCGAGAAAAACCUUCAACGCUACGGCUCAGAGGUUUCACCCUUAUACAACUUAAGCGCCAUCACAACCAAGAUCUCUUUCCACUACAGUUACAAUGAUUACGCAUCACAUCCAACGGAUGUGCUGAGACUAGCAAAAAUUGUGCCGAACGUCGUCGGAAUGUAUCCGAUUCGAUUCAAGCAAUUCAACCACGUCGAUUACCUGUGGGCAACCGAUAGUAGAAAACUUUUCAUGGACGACAUAAUCACGAUGAUCCAAAAACACUCAAAACCCUCAAGAGACAGCUCGUCAUCAGAAACCGCCUCAUCGUCCUCCCCCAACGACAUCAUUCGGCGGCGAUGAGAAAGUUUAAAUUAUCUGUGACUACUCUAAAUCACCCAAUUGUGUUCGAUCGCGUCACCAUUAAUUAAUGUAUGUGUGGGUAGACUAUCCAAAUGGAGAUGUUGCAUGUGUGAAGAGUUUGCGAUUUGACUGUUGAUUCUUAAGUAAAAGUUCGCGA